CUACACGCGUGACCUCCUCCGGAGCGCUGACGUCAGCCCAGUGAGUCUGAGCCCGCUGUAAUGUGCUCGCUGGCCGCGGUGUAGCCUGGAAUGACAAACUGACCUCCUGCCUGUGCGGCCGGCUGAACGGGACGGUAAUCGGGACAUAAGCAACAUGAGCACCAUGUUUGCUGACACUAUUCUAAUCGUGUUCAUCUCUGUUUGCACCGCGCUGUUGGCCGAAGGUAUCACCUGGGUUUUAGUGUAUCGCACUGAAAAGUACAAGAGGCUAAAGGCUGAAGUGGAAAAACAGAGCAAAAAACUUGAGAAGAAAAAGGAAACCAUCACUGAAUCUGCAGGACGUCAACAAAAGAAGAAAAUUGAAAGACAGGAAGAGAAGCUGAAGAACAACAACAGAGACUUGUCCAUGGUGCGCAUGAAGUCAAUGUUCGCGAUAGGCUUCUGCUUCACAGCGUUGAUGGGCAUGUUCAACUCCAUCUUUGACGGAAGAGUCGUGGCCAAGUUGCCAUUCGUGCCCCUUUCCUACAUCCAGGGGCUGUCGCACCGCAACCUGCUGGGGGAGGAUUACACGGACUGCUCCUUUAUCUUCCUUUACAUCCUCUGCACCAUGUCCAUCAGACAGAACAUCCAGAAGAUGCUUGGCCUCGCGCCUUCCAGAGCUGCAACCAAGCAGGCUGGAGGCUUCCUAGGACCUCCUCCCCAAGCAGCAAAGUUCUCCUGAUCACCAGGCGGGUUCAGCGGCGCCGUUGGUGCACACGGUCGUGGCUCCGUCCUCAGGGCGCAGACGGAACUGAUUCCGUAGGGCUGGAGCGAACGGCUGUAUCACUUCCUUCUGCUGGAUUUCUCAGUCAUGUUUAGUUUUAUUUAACUUUUAAGGUGUUCUCGCUUCGAAAAUAAGUCUGAUUCCAUUGAUUAAUAAAGGAUACAGAUGAUACCUUGUGUUCCGCACAAGCCAGACAUCGUUUUGAGAUUUGAAUGAUUCAUUGGUGCAGUAACAUUGAUCCAUUUGUCAGUAUUAUUGUAUGUAAUUGUCUGUAUCCUUAUUUCUUACAUAGUAAUAAAGUUUGAUUACUCUUUCGUG